UCAAUUAUGUGAAGAAUGAAUCAAACUAUUUUUUGCUUAAAAAAUAGAUUUAGUUUCUAAGUCAUUGUGUCAUCCCCAAAUUUGGGACUAGGGAUAAUAAAAAAAAAAAAUAGAGAAAUGACGAUCAUGAUAUCAUUAUGAAUGCAUAAAUUAAAUCUGUGAAAGUCUAAAAAUAUACAUAUCUAAUUCUAAGUGAGAUGUGAUAUGAUUACAUCACAAUGACUAAGGAAUUUAUAACCGAUUAAAUAAAAUAAUUUGUUUUUGUCCAAAUGUGCUUGAAAAAGAUGGUUUAGAAUCAAACAUCACUUUAGGUUGGAAAGUGGUGUCGAUAGGUUAUGGAUGCGGAGUAGUGUUUCAAAAACUCUAAUAAAAAUGUCUUCCAUUGUUCUUAGAUCUCGAACAAUUUCAAAUAAUUUCAGUUCAAAGAUUAUUUCUCAAAGGGGUUUAUGUUCAGGAGUGGUUUCUUCUUCUUCGGAUCCUUCUAAAGGAACAAUAAUUUCUUCAAAAUCCAUUCUCUCUGAUCGGUCGACACCUCCUCCUCCGGCGCCGGAAGUUGCCCCACAGGUUUCGGGAGGGAAAAUUUGGAGCUUUGUUAAGUACGGACUCAUUGCAGCUGUUACUGGAACUACUGGCUAUGCUGGUUAUCUCUCUUAUAAGUGUUCAUGUGAGGAAGUAGAUCAUAAAGCAAAGGCAUUGCGGGCUGCGGCGAGUUAUACUCCUAGUGAAGAUGCUUCUGCUAAUGAUAAAUAUGGAGGCUUGCUUUACUCUGCUGCAAUGACAGUGCCUGGAGAUAUUCCGGUAAAAAUACCAUGGAGGCCCCUGCACUAGGUGUCAGAUUGCAUUUUAUCCCCUCUACCAAAAAAUGAGCAAAUUAGUCAUUGUACAUUAGAUUGGCAGAUUCCAAAUUAGUCAUUGUACAUUAGAUUGGCAAAUUAGUCAGGUUGUCUGGGACGAUUCCAAAUAGAUUGGCAGAUUUGCCAUUUCUUUCGUCCUUAAAUGUUUCUGAAAAUCAACUCCAUGGUCAGAUUCCUCAAGGCAAACAAUUCAACUCAUUUGGAACUGAUUCAUAUGAAGGAAAUAGGGGACUAUGUGGGUUUCCAAUCUCGAAAGGUUGCAACAUCAUUGAGCCAGCACCUCCAAAUGUGCUUGAAAAAGACGGCUCAAAAUCAAAUAUUGCUUUUGGCUGGAAAGUAGUGUUGAUAGGUUAUGGAUGCGGAGUAGUGUUCGGAAUGUCCAUGGGAUAUGUUGUUUUCCAAACUGGUAAGCCGAAAUGGUUGGUGAAUUUGGUUGAAAACCAACAUAAGAAGAGGCGAAGAAGAAAGUCAAAGAAAGGAAAUCGCAUCAAUAGACGAAGAUGGAUCUAAUUACUGCAAAUGAUGUUGAAGAAUUAGUGUUGUAUUUUCAUAAUUUCUUGUUUUGUAGACCGUUUUGCCUAUGGUGAAGGGUUGCAUUGGUAUGUCUCUGUCUUUAUUAUUGUACCAAUUCCUCUGUCUUUCAUUGCAUUUCGUACUAUCUGUAAUGGUUUGUUUGAGUGUAACAUUUUGUAUGGCGGUGUUGUUUAUGUCUUCUUUCAUGGCUUUCAAUUUAGUCUCAAUAAUCUUUGCAACUGCUCACUAAAGGAGAACAAAAUGUCUUGAGUGAUCUCUGUUGUAUUUUCAUAAUUUUUUUUACAA